CCUUCCGUUUGCGAGCCAAACGGAAUUCAUUCAUUCUCUGAAGGCUUUCGUUGUUGGCUCCUCCGCCCGCUGCGGCUCCGGCGAUGGCUUACCGGCGGAAGCAGGCGGCGCUGAGGCCGGCCACGUUCGAGGAGGUCCGAUCAUCGUCUAGCCCUGAGGAUUCGUCGCCGCCUUCCAUCGCCGCUCAGGCGAUCCGCGCCUCCGCAGCUCACCGUGAUUCCUCCCUCUCCUCCGCCUACGGUGAAUCCGCCAUCGCCUCCGCCUAUGGCCGCCGUAGCUCUUCGUCUCCUCCUAAGGAAGCUACAACAUACGAAUACACAUCUAUGAGAAAUUUGAACGAGUCCAAAUAUGGAUUUUGGGGAAUUUUGGCUAGAAAGGCUAAAUCCAUCCUUGAUGAUGAUAAUGCUGCACAACGAUUUGAAUCUCAUGGCAGGAACCAGACACAAAUGCCUGAUACUGCAAUGGGUAGCAAGCUCCAUCAACCAGAUGUGUCAUCUGAGGGCAACCGAAAGAAAGAGAACCAUAAAAGUACAGAAGCCAUUGCUUCUUCCCUUAACUACAUUGGUGGUACUAUUAAAAAUGCCUUUGAAGAAGGUUUGACAAUUGUGGAAAACAGGACAGCAGACAUCAUCCAAGAAACACGGAAAUUGCAAAUUAGGAGAAAAGGCAAUGGUUCUGGUGCACAGAAUCUUGCUACAGAUUUCCCGCAGAUGCAAGCUGAUCACGAAACUCAACUAAAGGCAUCUCGCGAUGUUGCAAAUGCCAUGGCUGCUAAGGCAAAACUUCUUUUACGGGAGUUAAAAACAGUAAAAGCUGACCUUGCUUUUGCGAAGGAAAGAUGUGCUCAGCUCGAGGAGGAGAACAAAAUCUUAAGGGAGAGUCGUGAUAAAGGAGAUAAUCCUGAAGAUGAUGAUCUGAUAAGACUCCAAUUGGAGACAUUGCUGGCUGAGAAGGCAAGGCUGGCACAUGAGAACUCAAUAUACGCCCGCGAGAACCGGUUCCUCAGGGAAAUCGUUGAGUACCACCAGCUUACCAUGCAGGAUGUUGUCUACGUCGAUGAGGGCAUUGAGGAAGUCACUGAGGUUUAUCCUGUCCAUAAUCCACCAUCAUUAUCUCGCUCGUCAUCUGGAGUACCCUCCCCCGUCGUCUCCAACACAAAUCCCACAACACCUUCACCGCCACAACCAACACCUCUUCAAAACACUAUUGUCAAGCCCGAAGCCUGCCUUAUCAUUCCGGUCCCUCCUACACUCCCGCCAUUGAUCGUCAGAGAGACGCAAUCUGUAGCCACAAAGGCCACCGGACCACCGUCCUCUCUCAGUCCGACAUCCCCAACUGCUUGAGAAAAAUUUGUGACUUGUGCUUGCUGGUUUCAUUGUGCAUGUAAAAUUGUAUUCAUUCUUGUUUGUUGUUUGGAACCAGAAUUCAGUCAUUUGUGCCAUCAUUAUUUUGCUCUCAUAUAAAUAAUAUAUAUAAGUCCCUCCUGUUA